AGCGUGGCGGGAGGGCGAGGCAAAAGGAGGGCGUGAGAAAGGAGGCGGCGGCAGGGAGAGGAGGGUUAUCUAUACAUUUUAAAAGGAGCCGCCUGAGCCGCGCACAGGGAGACCAGGGGAGGUCUGACCGCACGCGCGGGACACGAGCACACCACACUUCCCUACUCUCAGCCCUUGUACUACACGGGGUCCCAGGACUCUCCAGAAGCCCAGCGACACGUGCCCCAGGAAACCCUGCAGCAGUGCCUUGCCUGGAGACCGGUGGAGGUGAGACCGUUCGCUUCCCACCGCACCCGGUUCCUCGGGGCACUUCUCCAGUAGCUCCCAGAAACUCGUAGCAGGCGCCGGAGGGCUGGAUGCGAGCUUGAUGGACGGGGGCUCGCUGCCCCGACUCAUGCCCGCCUCUCCUGGAGUCGCUGGGACCUGCGCUGCUCGGCGGAGACCCGCAUCCCCGGAACUGCUGCGCUGCAGCCGCAGGCGGCGAUCUGGCACAACCGAGGCUGGGGGCGGCUCGGCUGCCGUGGCACGCCGCAACGAGCGCGAACGCAACCGCGUGAAGCUGGUAAACUUGGGCUUCCAGGCGCUGCGGCAGCAUGUGCCGCACGGCGGCGCCAGCAAGAAGCUGAGUAAGGUGGAGACGCUGCGCUCCGCGGUAGAAUACAUUCGUGCGCUGCAGCGGCUGCUUGCAGAGCACGACGCGGUGCGCGCCGCGCUUGCCGGGGGGCUGCUAACAUCGGAUACUCGGCCCUCGGCCGCCCGCGCGCCUCCCGUUACCUCCCCCGCCAGUGCGUCGCUGUCCUGCACCUCUUCAUCCCCGGACCGCCGGGGCAGCUCGGAGCCUGGCUCACCGCGCUCCGCCUACUCGUCUGAGGACAGUGGCUGCGAGGGAGAGCUGAGUCCGGUGGAGCGCGAGCUGCUUGACUUUUCCAGCUGGUUAGGAGGCUACUGAGCACCCAACCCCUCUAAGCAUCCCUGAUUGUCUCCUGGUGGACAGACCCUCGCUUCUUGCCCACGGAGCUUGGGCCGAUGCCUUGUCCAUAAAAGCCAAGUGCUGACCUCUGCUCAGCCUCCACCCCGCGGAAUGACACCUUCCAUCUCCCAGUCUGUGUGGCACUCGGGCUUGGAGAUUUCUCAGGAGAAAGGAUUUUACAAUGACAAUCUUUUUUACGAAUUAACUUGAACUGCUGGAGAGACUCUACUGAAAAUAUGAAGACUUAUUUUUGUACAAAGGAUCCUUAGGCCUGGAGCACAAUAAAGAUUGUCUCUGCCCCUCACCCCCACUGUCUAUAACUUUCCAACCUGGCCAAAGUUUGGACCAGUCAGGCCCUGAGGGCAAGAUGCCUGGCUGCACUUUUCCCCUUCUGAAACCCAGCCUGGCGCUGAUGUUUGCCAGUGUGGGAAACCUGCUUUUGUAAAGUGUACUAUUCUAUAAAAGUUGUUUUUCAUUGGUGUUU